AGACAACAACUUGCAGCAGUCACCGAAACACAACAAUGAUGCUAACAGCGUAAACAAAACCAACGUUUAUGCGCAGCAAACACAUAGCGGUAUGCACUCAUCAUUGCAUGCCAUUUGUUAUCCUCUUUCUCGGAAAACUCUAGCCGUUCGUUUGGUCGCUGUCAAUUCGAACUCAAGUAAUGGCUGAACAGCAGUUCUGACAUAACGUUCCACCUUAUUAUACCGCCUUGGUGCGAACGGUGCGAACCCAGGUUAAAACUGAACAAAAACAAAAUUGACCGAUUGCAUCGCUGUCAAUGUUGUUUGUGAACGAUAUUGCGAAGACGAACUAUCACAGCUGGAUCGAUAUAUUUCAUAUUCCGCAAAUCUUUGUUGAACUUUUAUUAGGAUGGAACGUUGUCGCGCUUGUGGAGAACCACCUGGUGAGCAUAACCAGCUUUCCGAGAAUCUGCAGAAAUAUUCCGAUAUAUUCUACAAUCUUACCUCCAUCCAACUGACGACUGAAGAAGAUCCAAAUCACCAACGAAUAUGUGCUAGUUGCCAUUGUAAGCUGCUCGAGUACAAUAGUUUCCGAAGUACUUGUCUACAGGUGCACUACAAACUGACGGAAAUUAAAAAGGAAAAUCUGCCGGAGAAAAAUGAGGGUGUAACGCUCGUAGAAGCGUUAAAAGUUGAGUUGUUGGAAAUUAAUGCUGAAAUUGAUACGAAUGAUAAGCCUAUACAGGACAAGGAGAAAGCGGAAUCAGAUCAUGAUUUUUAUGCCGUUGAACUGGAGUCAGAGCCAGUCGAAGAUAGUGUGUCAGACUGCGAGAAGCCUAAAAAGAAAACAAGAAUCCCAAAAAAUAAGGAUAGAAUCAAGGAAAAACCAUAUGGUUGUAACUUGUGUGAUAAAAAGUUCCGUGAUGAAAUACGAUUGCAGGGUCACUUGAGGGUACACCAGGGCUUGAAGCCAGCAUUGUGUACGUACUGCGGGAAGGAUUUUUCAAAAUACAACCAUCUCAAAGUGCACAUAACACAAAAGCAUUCGAAUGCAAAAAUGAGGUUCCCAUGUGACUUCUCCGGCUGUGAAAUGGUUUACGCCACAAAGCAAGGAAUGAUUAACCAUAAAAAGAGACACGAUCCGAACUUUGUUCCACCGGAACCGAAGCGGAGCGUGUGUGAUCAAUGUGGGAAAACAUUUUCUACAAAGGGAUCACUAAAGGCGCAUAGUUAUAUCCAUACCGGCAUAAGGCCAUUCCAGUGUACGAUUUGCGACAAACGAUUUCCCGACAUCCAUAAAUUGAAUGAGCACAUUAUGAGGCAUGAGGGAAUCAAGAACCAUGUUUGUUCUUACUGCGGUCAGAAGAAAACAACACUCAAAGAAUUAAAAGUUCACAUGAAUUAUCACACACGCGAGAAGCAGCAGUUCGCAUGUGAUAUUUGUGCGCAGACCUUCUCCAACAUAGCUAACAGGACUCGCCACAUCGAAGUUGUGCAUUACGGGGUAAAGGCAUUUUCAUGUUCAUUUUGCGAUCUUUCGUUUAGCAAAUCCUAUAAUAUGAAACGUCACGUAAUGACCCACCACAAAGAAAAAACGCACGAAUGUGAAUUAUGCGGCAAAAGCUUUAUCGAGCUGGUAUCACUGCAAAUACAUACGAAGACUCAUCGGGAGUGCAAACAGCAGAAAAGCACCGAACAUCAGGAUGUGAAUUCAUGCAUAUCAAUAAACCCUAUUGCAAGAUUUUCCUAA